AUGAAGAAGAGGAUUGUUCCUCCACAGUUGCAAUUGCAGGAACGUAUGAACCACAAACAAACAACAACAGUCCGAAUUCAAUUCGAAGAAUAUUCACUUACGUGGAUGGUGAACAAUUACAACAAUCAGUCAAGUGUUCGAAAUGCAAUAAUUGACUUACCAUUGAAAGAGCAUAUGCGAAAAUCGAGGAACAUAAUUCAUUCAAUGCAAACUAUGUUCAUAAUGGCUUACUUAGGACCACUGGAUAGGCAUCGGGAAUCAUGUGAUGUGAAAGAUGAGCACAUAAUAUGUAAAAUCACAUCGAUAGAUGGCACGAUGAUAAUCUUCGAACCGAAAGGCGUUUUAGAUGCUGGUAUAAGAAUAGAAAGUAGAUAUGGAAUUUACAACGCCACUGUGACUGUCGAUGAUAUUAAAUUCGAUCAACUUUCAAUGAUUGAACGCGAUCAAGAUCUGGACUGGAUGCAUAAGGGAGAUGGAUCAGAUACCAACAGUAAUACGUUCGACAUAACUGAUGAAGGCAUCACCAAAAUCGAUUAUCUUCUUCAGAUUGGUAAUAACAGUCAUAACGAUGAUAAUAAUAAGUAUAAGGAUGAUAAUCGCGCGUUAAAUUUUGUACACGAUGGAUUAUACGUGGAAUACAGGAUUGAAUUACCGCCUGGGAAUGGAGGAGUAACAGAAGCAGUAAACACUGGUGUUGAUGUACAGUAUGAAGAUUCGAUAAGAACAAUAAUUAGUGGCAAGACACAGAUUUGUUGUACAAAAACGUACGAGAAGGAUGAUGUUGCAUCAUUUGCACAUCUCAUUCGAUUCUCGUCACAUCUUGAAACAAAGCCAUCCGAACUUAUUGGUAACGAGUAUGAUAACAAUAGCACUGAUGAGAAUUGGCUGCUACAUCAUCAAGAAGCCAGAUUGUUGGUUCGGAUAUGUGCGGAGAGUGACUGGGGCCGAUAUUAUGUAGAUGGCUAUGGCAUGUUGAUGUUACCAAUUACACCUGGCAGGCAUCAUCUGACGAUAAAUUGUUGGCGACCAGUGGACAGAAACAACAGACACGCAAAAUUAAAAGAGAGAUUCGUCGCACAGGCAUCUGAUCUGAUAAAUUCAGAUCACUUAUUCUCGUUUCGUAAUAAUGAUAAUAAAUGGUCACGCAUCGGAUUAACAACUGAAGGCAGUGGUCAACUGGAAGUGAUCUGUGACUGUAUCGUGCAAAGCCGUCAAUUCAUCUCAUCGACACAUUUGCAACAUCUCAAAUACGGGACUAUGAUGAAUCGGAUCGGUUUACAUUCUAAUCUUCAUUGGCGUAUUCUGAAAGCACUAAUGGAUUUUGAAGAAGCCAAGAAGCAUCUACUGAAGGUACGCAGUGAACAGCCUGUUCCAAAACUCAAUUUCAACCUAUAA